GAAGGAGCAAAGAAGCUCUAAUGUUUAGCUUGUGUACAAUGUGACUGAUUCUUAAUUUGGUACUUCUGUAAAAGGUAUGGAGCCUGGUUACCCUUCAGAGGUGCUACAUGGCAGUGAACAUGAUGACCAUGAUGAGGGUGUCACCUCCUGGGUGUCGGUGUGUCCCAGGGGCCUCUGGAAAAUCCAACAAAAGCGAAAUGGCAGGAGGAGUCAAGAGAUUAUUUCUCCUCCUGGAGAGGAUGCAACAUCCAGUUACAGUCCGAGGUUGGGUUCACUCUGUCAAGUCCGAGUACGACUUAAAGCUUCCGUGGAUGCAGCAAACAGUGAAGUAUCAGAAAAUGGGAAUGAGAAACUUGACCAAUCGCUCACAGGAGUUACGGAUGCAGAAGCCACAGCCUUUCCAAGGUGUCAGGACUCGGUGUUGCAGGUCCCACUGGGUGACUGGAUAACGCUGAGGCUAGGAGAGGGUCAGUGUGACAUCACAGAAACAUGUGUGGAGGGAAUGAGAGCGGGAGAGACAUGUGAGAUACUGAUAUCUCCAGUGGAAAAUGGACCAGAUGAUGAAAACACACCUAUAUGUGCUACGGUUGAACUCAAAGCUUUCACACCUGGCAAGGAAUCCUGGGAGAUGUCCGCUGGUGAUAAAUGGGAUUGGGUGAAGUCACACAAAGAGAGGGGUGGAGUGAAAUUCAGGCUUGGGGAUGUGUGGGGAGCAGCAGACAGCUACAGUCGGGCCCUCAAGCUUCUCAUCACUCUCUGCGGACACAUUAGAGAAGCAGAGAAAAAAGGACAACAGCAAGAGGCAGAGGAGCCCACAGACUCUGGGGAUAAAUCACAGUGCCUUCCCUCAGAGAACGAGUUCAAAACCACCAAAGCAGAGCUCCAUUCAAACCUGUCCCUGUGCCAGCUCAAACUGAACCAACCUGAGCGCGCUAAGGCCAGUGCAGCUAAAGCCACUCAGCUGGAACCAGGUGGCGCCAAAUCCUGGUACCGACUGGGCCAAGCCUGCCAGAUGGUGAACGAGCUGGAGGAGGCCAAGCAGGCAUUUAGGAAACUGCUGGAGCUCCAGCCCGAAUCGUCUGCUGCUUUGAAGGCACUAAAAAACAUAGCAAAUAAAGAGAAGGAGACGAACACACAGUUGGGACUCAGACUCAGCAAAAUGUUCAGCUAAGAAUGGAAUAUUAUCAAUUUAGAGUCCCGUUUCUACGGCCACUGUCUCAGCUCACAAGUAAAGCUGUAAAUGUGUGAACUUGAUGCUUUAUGUGUGAGUUGGUUGAAUGUAACUUAAAAAUAAAAUGUACAUGUCUGAAUCUA